ACCCCUAGGUUUUAGUUACAGAUUCAGGAUAAUAUACAACACAUUUAAUACAUAUAUACAUACGGAUCGAAAAACAUUAGCAGCAUUUUUUUUUGGUUAAAGGAAAUGGACCUUAAAACUGUUUAGUCACAUCCCAAGUAGAAAAUUUCGAAAUUUUAAUGUUGUAAAAUACGAUCUAAUUUGAAGAAGAGUCCCAAGUCGUCAACAAAUGAUCCCACAGGCAAGGAAGAAAAAGAGAAGUCACCAAUAAAUGAGACACACGCCCCAUGACCAUUAAACCAGCAAUCAGAGAAAUAUUGAAGUAUAAGCCAACAAACAUACCACCAAACCCUCUUCUAUCUCUUUCCUCAUUAUAUGAUAUGAUAUAUAUAUAUAUAAAUACAUAUAAUUCACCAAAAGCAAACAAAACCCUUUAAUUCCUCACCCAUCAAUGGCGUAAAAGCAAAACACUACCUUGCUUCUCCGGAAAUACCAAUCAAGAUUCAAGAGAGAGACCCCAUCAUUCGUCCAUUAAACAAUUCCCAACCCCAACCUUGAAUCCUUCAUAGAUUUCAUUCGCAUGCACCAAAAUAUAUAUCCGCAUACCUAAUAUAUAUUUUUAUCUGGGUGUAUGCAUCUGUUCACACAAACUAAAAUCAUUCACCUCCCCUAAAUCUCACUCCUCUAUCAUCGUUUUUAGAUGCAUGCACCCGCAUAGUUGACUCUAAUUUCUUUCAUGCGGGCAUAUGUGUGUGUGAGAUCAUAUAUGAGUGUUGUAUGCAAAUUUGUAUAUGCGCGUGAGGGCACAAGGACAAAAGGGUAAAUAUUUGUGUGUGAGAGAGAGAGGGAGAAGGAAACAAAUAGUAUAUGGUAAGAGGAGAAGAGAGUAAACCUGGGAAAGGCAGGGGAGAAUUUGCUGGAGGGGAUAUUGGAUUGUAUCCAUGACAUCGCGGCGGCGUUGGCUUUCGCUAGGAUGACCGAUUCUGCUUACAGAGUGGACACCACUUCCAGGCUCGCCCAAUGGCGGAUCGACAACUUGUCUUCCUUCACUUACCGCAAAUCCGACCCUUUCAAGAUGGGUCUCUGGAAAUGGCAUUUGUCGGUGGAGAAGAGCAAGAUGUUAUACGUUAAACUGUACCCAGAGGUGUCGAACAUUACCAGAGAAAACCCUCCAAUUGCUUCCUUUGUUGCUCGGGUGGUCUCUUCCGCUGGUGAGAGGAAAACUUUGACUCAUCCAGAAACUAGUGACAAACGGCUGAAGACAAACGAAGAUUUUGUUUGGGUGCUUGAAGUUCCGUUAACCGGAAAAUUGAUCAUCGACAUCGAGUUUCUCGACUUGAAGAUUUUAUCCAAAGAUAGUGGAGAACUUUGUUCUAUUUGGGCAGAGGGUUGCGCACAGAAGAAAUCAAAUGCGACAGCUCUGGCAUCCCUUGGAAGGAUGUUGACAGAAAGCAUUCACACGGACAUUGUAAUUAAUAUCUCUGAAGGCAGUAUCUCAGCCCACCGAGCUAUUCUUGCUGCCAGAUCGCCAGUUUUCUACAGCAUGUUUUCGCAUGACCUGAAAGAGAAAGAACUAUCAACGAUAAACAUCCCCGAUAUGUCGUUUGCUGCUUGCCAAGCAUUUCUCAGCUAUAUCUAUGGUAAUAUCCGGCACGAAGACUUUCUUACACAUAGACUGGCACUCCUCCAAGCAGCUGAUAAGUACGACAUAGCUGACUUGAAAGAAGCUUGCCAUGAGAGCCUUCUGGACGAUAUUGACACGAAGAAUGUACUUGAGAGGCUUCAGAAUGCUUACCUGUAUCAAUUACCAGAACUGAAGGCCAGCUGCAUGCGGUAUCUUGUGAAGUUUGGUAAAAUAUUCGACAUCCGUGAUGAUUUCAAUAUAUUCAUGCAAUGUGCAGACCGAGAAUUGAUUUCUGAAGUCUUCCAUGAAAUCCUGAAUACCUGGAAAGGGUUCUAGGUCCACAGUAAGAUUAUGUGUUCUGUUAUACAGAGAUUUCUAUGGUUUAUUCUUUGUUUAGGUGGAUUUGUUUAUGUCUUCAUGUACAGGUUAUAUAUUGGGGUUUAACAAUGAACCCAGUAUUAUCCUUGGAAGGAUGAAAACAGCAGACAUGUAAAUUCAUGAUUGUUUGAAUGAAAGAUUAUUGGUUUGAAGUGUUCAA